AUUUAAUGUCUGAGACUGCGAUUACGUGAGAGCUAAACAUAAUUUUUCUUUGCGCAAGGGGAAUUACAAAAGGGGAAGUCCCGCCUAAUAGUAUAAAAGACCGAGAGCAGCAGAGACGCCUCACUCUGAGCUUGAGCUCGGCGCAAUACGACAGUUGGGAUACAUCAACAAAAUGCUUCAAAGAAUCAUCGAUCUACAGGAAUAUUUCCAAGAUUGGGCUUGGAGGCAUUAUUUGAACACAAGAACAAGCUUUUUCGCAAAGCUCUUCAGGCCCAAACUGAAGUAUAAACACGCAGACAUUGAGAUUUUAUGGGAAAAAUUUAAAACUACUACCCAGGAAACUAAGUAUGUGAAGCAGUUGGAGGGACUGGAAUCUGGAACCAAAGUGGUCAUUGAGGCGGAGUACGACAAUGAUACAGACAAUGACCAGACGCACAGUUUCAAAACGGAACAGGACACGGAGUCUACUGCUAGUAUCACGUUGACCAAAGGCUACAGCAAGCAGGCGAAUACUACGAUUGAAAUGGACCUUCCGGACGAAAUGUCACGAAUGACCGCUGGCGAUGAAUCUCCAGAUGCGCGAAAGAAGCAAAUGGCGACUGCCAGUUUCGGGAACAGCAUUCACGUGGGAACUGAUGAAAACAGUGUUGUCAGAAAGAAGAAGACUUGGUCUGUGGACACAACGAUAGUGUCCAAGAGUAAGAAACAAACCAUAGCCAAGAUGGAGGUGGAGGAGACGAGCGCAAAAUAUAAAUUCACCAGCGCCAUCAAACUAAAGGGAAGAGUGGUGGUUGUGAUUCGGGACAGGAGAAACAUGGAGAAAGUCGUGCAGGUGGUUGAAAACAACGUGGCAACUGUUCUUAAAGACAUUAAUAUCAGAAAUGGUGGCAGUAUGAAUGAUUUAAUAUUUGACAGUCAAAACCGUACUGUGGAGCUGCCUGUACACGGCAGUGUGGUGUUCAGGUACGGUGUGUCACAGAAAGUGAAGGUUUCCUAUGGAAAAGACGCUGGUGCAGCAAAAAGCCAAGCAGGGGCAACCCGGAGUGUAUAUCCAUCACUUGCGGUGGAAGAUAUACCAUAGCUGUUAUUGGGGGAGAAGGUUGGUGAUACUCAGUUUAACAGGAAAAUAUGUUGUACUUAUGUUGAAGAACUUGUUAUAUUGUGAAUCAGUGGGAGAAACAAAAUACUGACUCUAAUAUGUGAAUGUCUCGAGUCAUCCAUGUCACCUACUCAAGGGAGGUCUUUCCUUUGGCAGUUGAGUCAAGAAUUCUGAACUGAUACUAACAGUGUGGCUACUAUGGCCAGUAUGUUUUUAUACUGUUGUAGUAUAGAUAAUCCUUGGAUGCAAAGUAACAUUGUCACAGUUGUGAUCAUAGUGUAAAGCACUAUUAAUGGACCUGGAUCAGCGCGCAUAUUGUCUAACCAUUUCCUUUGUAGAUUGCUCUUAUCAUUAGGACUAUUCACGUUAGAUUUUGUCAUUGUGAUAUACUUUGGGCUGUUGGCCAUCAAUAGCUAGGUUUAUAUUGUACCGCCAACUAAUAGUUAUACCUUUAUGAUGCCCUACUACACUUUGAUAUUCCACUAAUUGUACUAUCCGUCGUCAUGUUUUAAAUGUUAUUACAAAUCACGUUUUCAUACUUUGAAAUAAAUUUGCACAUUUUGUA